AUUAUCAUUGUGUUAACAACAUUAUCUCUGAUUGUACUGUGAACUUAUUCAUAAUUUUUGUUGUUGCAAAACAUGGAAAUUCCUGAAGAGUGUUAGAGAAUCCUCCAAGGUAUGUGAUUAACUGCUUUUUUGAUCCAAGGAAUUGGAAAUAUCCUCCCACUAAUGUAAACAUCCAUCCUAUUCCUCAAGCAAUGUUUAAACCUUCCUGGUUUAGUGGUUGAUCAUGUUUAUGACACUAAUGAUAAGAGUACAGUGGACUCUCACCUAACGAUAUUAAUUGGUACCCGAGAACGAUUAUCGUUAGGCGAGUUUUUUAGCGUUAGCCAAGGCAAAAUGUUAGCGUUAAAAUGUAUCGUUAGGCGAAUUUAACGUUAUGCGAUGCGUUCGUUAGGCGAGGGUCCACUGUAUUAGAAAAAUAUUGUUUUCUGUGUAAUGAAGUGGCCACAAAAAUUAUAUCAGGUUAAACAUUUUGUAAUUCAUUUACAGCAUUAAAAUGCUCCAAAAUGAAUAAUAAUAAUGUGGCAUCUUCAAGACUAAUAAGACACUCCUAGCGAUUUUAAUGUGUACCUGCAUGCUAGCACAGUGUGUAAGUUUAUUUCGGUAUAGUUACACGAAGAAUUCUUCCUCCAUAAGCCAUGCAUGUUGUAAGAGGUGGGAACAGUGGACUAGUAUCCCUUUCUCCUGCAUUCAUUACUAAAGUAAAAAGCGAAACUUUUGUUUUUCUUUUUGAGCCACCCUGUUGUGGUGGGAUACAACCAGUUUGUUGAAAGAAAGAAGAAGGUAUACGCAUAAGUAUAAUUAUCAGAGUAUAUAUAAAAUAUGCAAUAAUUUUAAAAUACUUGAAAUUUUGGAAAGUUUCCACAUAUAAUGGUGAGACGUGGAGCUCACAGAGAAUAUAAGCAAACAAGUGGCGUGUGUAGACCGUAUAGUGAGUCAGGUAGGAUGGAUGAGGGAGCUGUAUAACGAGUUUCGGUCAUAAUCUGAAAUGUCUCUAUUAGCGAAAUGUCAUAAAGUGGGGCCCUACUGUAUAAGAUUAUUUACUCGUUUUAUUGUAUCUUACAUUGAUCUACAUUAUUGACUCCUAUGUCUCUAAUUAAGAUCUUUGUUCUUAAUCCCAUUGUCGCUCAUGUAAAUCUGCAUUAUUGACCUCAGUAUCACUCAUGUACAUUUAUGAUUUAAGCACAGCACCCUUACCUAUGCUGUGAUUAGUAAAUAUUUUUGUUUGUGCAUUGAGUGUACACAACAUAAAAGAAAUUCUAACCCACACAGUGCAUGAUGAGAGAAAAAAUGUUUGGUUGAAAAUAAUGACUUUGAGGUGUUUUCCAGGAUGUUUUCUUAUGACUUUUUCAUGGUAUCAGUUGAUUAGGUUAAUGUCAUACUACUGAAAUAGCUAAUUUGGUCGAUUUCAAGAUGAGAAGUAUUUAAAAUAUUCAAAUUUGAAAAAUUUUCUUGAAAGCGGGAAAGGCCUCUUCUUCCCCUUUUAUCUUUUUUAUGGGUUGUUACUAGUUCUGUUUCAAUUAUUGGGAUGCCCUAAACCAUGAGAAUUGUUAAUGGUUAUUUUUUGUUAUCUGAGAAAUAAUUUUGUGUGCAAUGAUGGAUUCAAAAUAGAGUGAAGGUUUAAUACUAGAGACCUGGGGAUAUAAUUAAUGAACAGAUGAUAGGUUACUUUAGUUACUUGAGUAAUUACUGUUUUUUUUUAAUUAGAAUUUGUUAAAUUUUAUGUACAAUUAAAGUACUAACUUUUGUGGACUUUCUCUAGAGCGAGAAAGUUAAAACAUUGUUCAGAAUGAACAGUAGAAUUGGCUUAAUGUAGGACUCAGUUGGGUAAAAUUGCUAAUACAUAAAUUGUGCUCAGAUUGUCAACUUUGUGCCUCUGUAAUUGCAUAAGUUUGCAUGAAAUUUCAUGUUUUUUAUGUUAUUACCUUAAGAAAAAGAUUCUCUACCAUUUUUGAAGAAAAAAUUACUUUUCUCUUUUUCAUGGAAAAAUCCUGACACUGUUAGCACUUUUAAUUUUGGGGUCCUGAUAGUGAAAGUGUUAAGUUAUUAUUCACUAUGUCUAACAUACUAGAAAAAGAAUGUGUUGAAGCAACACAUACAACAGUUGAUGCAGAAGACAAACUAUAUCAAUAUUCACAUUCCUCACAAAAAUCUCACUGUGUAUCAUUGAUAACAGUUAAUGAAGACAAAAAAACUGUUCAGUGUUUAAUGUGUUUGAAAGAAUUUAAAAAAAAAAGAUAUUUAAUGAGACAUAUGAAAAUUCAUACCAGAGAGAAACAAUAUCAAUGUUCAGAGUGUCUGAAAGAGUUUUCAGUCAAAUCUUAUUUAGCACAGCACAUGAGAAAUCAUUGUAGAGAGAAACUAUAUAAAUGUUCAGAGUGUGUAAGAGAGUUUUCCUGCAAAUCUCAUUUAGUGCAGCACACAAAAAAUCAUUCUGAAGAGAAACCAUAUCAGUGUUUGAAGUGUCUAAAAGAAUUUUCUCAAAAAUCAAAUUUAGUAAGGCACAUGAAAAUUCAUACUGGAGAGAAACCAUAUCAAUGUUCAGAGUGUCUAAAAGAAUUUUCACAAAAAUCUAAUUUAGUACAACACAUGAAAAUUCAUGCUGGAGAAAAACCACAUCAAUAUUUAGAGUGUGUAAAUGAUUUUUCAGGUAAAUCCAGUUUAAUACAACUCAUGAAAAUUCAUACUCGAGUGAAACCAUAUCAAUGUUCAGAGUGUCUAAAAGAGUUUUCAGUCAAAUCUUAUUUAGUAAAACAUAUGAGAAUUCAUACUGGAGAGAAACCAUAUCAGUGUUCAGAGUGUCUAAAAGCAUUUUCACAAAAAUCUCAUUUAGUACAGCACAUGAGAAUUCAUACUGGAGAAAAACCACAUCAAUGUUCAGAGUGUCUAAACAAGUUUUCACAAAAAUCUAGUUUAGCACUGCACAUGAGAAUUCAUACUGGAGAGAGACCACAUCAUUGUUCAGUGUGUCGAAAAGAAUUUUCAGAUAAAUCUACUUUAGUAAAACACAUGAGAAUUCAUACUGGAGAGAAACCAUAUCAAUGUUCAAAAUGUCUAAAAGAGUUUUCUGUGAAAUAUCAAUUAGUACAACACAUGAGAAUUCAUACUGGAGAGAAACCACAUCAAUGUUUAGAGUGUCUAAAAAGAUUUUCAAAUAAAUCUAAUUUAGUAAGACACAUGAGAAUUCAUACUGGGGAGAAGCCAUAUCAGUGUUCAGAGUGUCUAAAACAUUUUUCAGAAAAAUCUAGUUUAGUAAAACACCUGAGACUUCAUACUAUUUAGAAAUUAUUUGAGUGUUCAGUAGCUAAAAGUUUUCUCUCAAAAGCUAAAUUCAUUUUAAACAAACUUGAAGCCACAUGGGAGGGAAAUGUUGUCAGUGGACAGUGUGACCAGAACUCAUUGUGAUAUUUGAUGGCAACAUGUAUGAUAAUUACUUGGAGAUAAAACUGAGUCUAUCUUUCAAAUGUCUAGUUCGAUUGCUAGUGCACUCAGCGCACUCAGCUCACACAUUGAAGUCCGGAGUUUUGAUCUCCUCUAGUAUGGCUGGAGAACAUUAAGGAUGUGUCUCCAUAAGACACCUGCUGUCCUUGUUCACCCAUCAAUAUAAAAUGGGUACCUGGAUGUCUUAGUAGUAUCAGUUCCCAGUAGUACCAGUUAUCAGUAACCAGUAGUAUGACUCACUACCAACCAUCUGCAUGAAUCACUGACUGUUAUUCAUGUUGCUGCUGACCAUAGCAUGUUUUUUUAACGCCGCUCACCCCUAGGACCCAAUUCGUGAGUCAGUCUUAAGAUAGAGAGCAGAGAGGCAGGGCGGGCCUGGUGCUUCCCAUAUAUUCCGUUAUAAUUAUACUCCAUUAUUGUCUAUGUGACUUUUCUUUACCCAAUCCAUGCAAUCAAACCCCCCACAUGACAAUUCGUGACAGCGGUGUGCACGUGGAUUUACAGGUAUUUCAGACGUUAGAAGAUCGUUUGUGGGGUGCCGGCAGGUCAGAAGUCACGUCUGCCAACUGGUCGCUCCAGCAUGAAAACCAUUUGCAGCCAUCUUUCAAGCUUCCUGGUUUUGUUCGUGCUAAUUUCUUCAAUCUCCGAAGGGUUGACCCAGAUUUUGCAAUUAAGCCAGCCAGUAAGCCAGUCUGUGGGAGUGAAUGCCAGUCAGCCUGCCUCAGCCUAUCAUCCAGCCUGUCUCUUGUCAUCCACCUGCUCUUUCAUGCUGUGUGCAUCGUUACACGUCUUCCAGUCAGCUAUUCUCGUGGGUUAAGCCAGCAUGACAACCCAGCUGAGAGAGAGAAGUAAGCCACACAAGUUCCUCUGAAGUAUUGUCUCUGUAUCACUUUGUGCUCCCAGUUGGAUGCUAAGAGUGGUCUUCACCAUCCCUUUGGCAUAUUGUAGCUUAAUUUAACCUACUUGGGUGUUUCUUGUGAGUAGUGAGUGGCAUUGCGAGCCAGUGGGCCGGGUUGCCACACCCACCCGCCACCCACUCCCCACUUCAUCUACCUGUGGCUUUUUCCACCCUUGUACCGGGUCCUAGCACUGUUUUUGGCUCAUGUAAUUGCUCAUGAGAUUGUAGCUGUGCACUAGUGAUAAAGCCAGUUACGUGAGUUCACCUAGAAAGUGCAUUUCUUCAUGACAGCAGUGUGAGUGUAGGAGGAAUCGCCACCCGCCCACAGGACCACGCCUUCCCCACAUCACCCGUCACCGCCGUCUACCACUUCCAGACUUCAGUGUUUUCCAUUUAGAGAUGUUUGCCUUGCAUUUAAAAAAAUUUGCGCGUGUGAGGCAUUUACAGUGAAUUUCUUGUGUACUCUAAGCCUUGCAGUUUCAGUGUAGACUCAGUGUUUCUUUAUUUUUCAGUGUUAUCUUUCAUCUUUCGUGUUUCACUUUUAUAUUUUUUAUCUGUGUUUUUUUAAUGCUACUCUCUGCCUUUAGUAUUAUUUUGUAGUGUUCAAGUGUAUUCUUUAUUUGUGUGCAGUAUUUUGUUCUUUACCCCAGUCAUUCACUUCGUGUGAAGUAAGUACGUAAUUCAUUUUUUUUUUAUCUUGUGUUCUUUCAACAUUGUAUUCUCAAGUAUACAGGAAGGCCCCACUUAUAUGGCUGGUUAGGUUCCAGGCUACCGCCGUAAAGCGGAAACCGCCGUAAAGUGGAACACCCUUUUUUUCCACUUACAAAUGCAUACAAACACUAGAUAACAAGUUUACACUAACAUAUAUUAAGUUAGCAAUAGAACCAGGCAUCAAAAAAACAAUAAAAAGUACAAUGCACACAUAGUGCACUCAUUACUUACCUUAAAAUAUUUAUAGUCUUAAUCUAGGGUGAGACAAGUAGUAUUUAUUGUAAGAAAUCAAGUGUGGUAUGUAUGGUAGUCAGCCAGGCUACCAUACCAGGCCACCCCACCCACACAUACAAUUCUAUGAUAUUUAAGCAUCCCAUAGCGAUAAAAUGUAUAUACAGUUCACUCAUUACUUACCUUAAAAUAUAGGGUGAGAUGAGUAGUAUUUAUUGUAAAAAAUCAAGUGUGGUAUGUAUGGUAGUCAGCCGGGCUACCAUACCAGGCCAACCCACCCACACAUAUAUUCCAUGAUAUUUAAGCAUCCCAGAGCGAUAAAAUGUAUACAGUGGACCCCCGCAUACCGAUUUUAAUCCGUGCAAGAGGGGUCAUUGUUAUGCGAAAUAAUCGGUAUGCGAAUGAAUUUUCCCCAUAAGAAAUAAUGGAAAUCAAAUUAAUCCGUGCAAGACACCCAAAAGUAUGAAAAAAAAAAUUUUACCACAUGAAAUAUACAUUUUCCUACACACAAAGAGAAGGAUACAUGCACAAUAGUAGAGUAGUACAUGCACAGUAUAUAUUGUGCAUGUACUAGUCUACUAAAUGAAGAAUAAAUGACACUUACCUUUAUUGAAGAUGCAGCAAUGACUGAUGAGACACUGUGUCCUGGGAGUGCCUUUUCCUCCUGAGUACUGUAGGUCCUGUUUGGCAUUUUCUUCCAGAACAGGCCUUAUCACACUGUGUAUGCCACUACGAUUCUUAAAUCUCUCAAACCAACCUUUGCUGGCUUUAAAUUCACCAAUAUGAGCACUAGUUCCAGGCAUUUUUCCCUGUUCACCUGGGUGUUAGUCGACUUGUGUGGGUUGCAUCCUGGGAGACAAGAUUAAGGACCCCAAUGGAAAUAAGUUAGACAGUCUUCGAUGACACUGACUUUUUUGGGUUAUCCUGGGUGGCAAAUCCUCUGGGGUUAAUUGUUUCUUGGUAUUCUCAAUAAGCCUCACCAACAACGGUGCUACAGCAGCAGCAGCAGCUGACGGUGGUACAGCAGCAACAGACGAUGCUACAGCAGCAGCAGACGAUGCUACAGCA